AUGAUCUGGCUAACGAGAAAACGUUCUGUUUCGCUGGCGAUAAUUUUGGUUUUGGUCGCAUGUGUGGGCGUCGCGCUGGACGCGGCGCCGAAACCCUCACCUCAAGAGCCGUCUGUCGCUGAAAAACUCGUUGAACCGCAUGCUGAGAAUACGAAGAAUGGACUCGACCCAGAGUCUAUACCAACAGGCGACAGCAGACCGCCCAGGACAGGCGCGGAGACCGCAGCUGCGGAGCACGCGUCUCGGCAGCAGACGUAUGACUACUCGUCUGCGAUUUCUGCCUUUGAAAAAUGGGCAGGCCAAAUCGAGAAAACGCCCAGAAAAGCGCAGGAUGAACUGCAUGUCGUGACAGACCUGAGGGAGGGGCGUUCUGUCCCGCGAGCUGGCGGCAACGACACGGACGAAAUUGUGGCAGACGAGGGCCACGAAGUAGAGGAAGUGGUUCUUCCGCCGCUGUCCACGUUCAUAGAAAAGGAGCACCUCACUGCUGUAGCUCAGAUGUUGAAUGGAAUGAAAGAGCGGUACGAACACUUUCUCACCGCCACGGUCUUGGAAGAGACUCGGGAGUUUCUCGCGAAAGUGCAGGACAUGAGGCAUCACCACAUUGAGAGGUUCAACAAAGUGAUAGGCAACAACCAGUUCGCCUAUCUGCGGCCGCUUCGGUCGUCUAGACUGCUUCACCUUCACCCUGACACUCUGCGCGGCCUGCACACGGAGCACAAUGCCGCGACGGCGCACAUUAGGAAAAGCGUUUGGGGAGAUCACUACGCGUCUGGCGAAGUCGUCAAAAUCAAAAGGCUCCACAUGAUCAACUACGGCUUCGCAAGCGCCACAUAUGCUGUUUCCCGCGUGUUUCCGUACGCACUCGACCCCGACGACCGCCGGUCUCGCACCGUCGAACAAGAUGGCGCACUCAAAGUCUUUGUGGUGAAGCGAGGACGCAUCGAACCCGACCUCGCCGAAGAGCUCCUUCUGCAUCAGGCGCGCGCCUGGCGCUACUUCCCGCCUGAACGGGCGGAAGAGCUCGCGGAGACCGAGGGCCUGCUGAUCCCAGUGUCUUUGCUCAAACUGCUGGACGAAGACGAAGACGCCAAACAGAGAGACCAGGACGACAGGAUUGAUCAGCUUCUCGGUUCGAAAGGCGACAUUCUGAACGCCUUCCUGCUCUACCCGCGAUCGUACGCCUGCACACUCAAGUUUUUCUUUCUUUCCUGGGGCCGCACCGACCUCUUAGUGAAGACUGCGCCGCUGAAGGCGAUGAUUUCCAUCAGCAUUCAGAUGGUGUACGCGGUCGCGUCGCUCAACAGCUACGGACUUGUCCACGGGCACAUUCGCCCCAGCAGCUUCGUCAUGACCCCCGACGGAAAAGUGCUCCUAUCCGACUUCCACACGAUCGUCGAAGAGGGGAUUCGACUCAGCUGCCGUCACAAAUCCGUCCCGUCGGCCGCAGACCUGAACUCUUCGCCAGAAGAACUCGCCUGCUCGCAGCACGACGAGGAGCCUAGACAGACGUUCGAGGCGACCUUCGCACUCGACGCCUGGCGCCUGGGCGUGAGUCUGUUCAAGCUCUGGUGCCGGGAGUCUUGGAGAGAGCCGAAGCCGGACGAACCCUGGGCUAAGCACCUAACCACGCGCCAGGUGGCGUUCUUGAAGGCCCAGAAGCGAGGCCGCACGACGCGCGCGCGCCUCGAUCUCGAGCACUGCAGAAGCGACACGCCGUCGUUCAUUCUGCGUGUCAUCCAACAGUUCCUCGAACCGAAUCCCGACGCCCGUCUCACCGCUGUCGACGCCGUCAAAGGCGCCAGCCUGUUUCGGCACAUGGAAAGGCGGAUGCAAGCUGUGCGCGAAAUCCGAGAAACGAUGAUGCGGCAACGCGGCGAAGAGCUGUAA